AUGGAUGCUCAUGCUCACGUUUUUUCUUCUCUUUGCUAUCAAACAGUUGUUGAAACUAAAGACGGAUCUGUAUCUGUUGCUUCAGCUUUUUCUGGCCACCAGCAAGAAGCAGCAAUUGCAGUUAGGUUUGAUGAUUUCAUUGCAGAUGCAUUAAGAGGCACUGGAUUUUAUCAAAAGGCUCAUAUGGAGAUUAAAAAAGCGGAUGGAAAUGGAACAGUUAUUGCUGAACAAAAAACUGAGGUUUUUGAAUCAAGAAUCAAGAACAUAACAGAGACAUACACUUCAGGCCAGAUAAUAUUAAAGGAGCUUGUUGACACACUGCAAACAGAAGCUUCUUCUGAUUUGUGGUUUCUUGUGAUGGAUGCUGUGGAAUCACCUUCAACAUAG